AUGCAAAAUAUUUCGGCAAGCCCGCCCUGUGUGUUGGGAAUAAAUAUUUGUGGUAAAGGUCUGACUCCUGGUGGUAUCAAAGGUAAAGGUCUGACUCCUGGUGUUAUCAAAGGUAAAUGUCUGACUCCUGGUGGUAUCAAAGGUAAAGGUCUGACUCCUGGUGUUAUCAAAGGUAAAGGUCUGACUCCUGGUGGUAUCAGAGGUAAAGGUCUGACUCCUGGUGGUAUCAAAGGUAAAGGUCUGACUCCUGGUGGUAUCAAAGGUAAAGGUCUGACUCCUGGUGGUAUCAAAGGUAAAGGUCUGACUCCUGGUGGUAUCAAAGGUAAAGGUCUGACUCCUGCUGUUAUCAAAGGUAAAGGUCUGACUCCUUCUGUUAUCAAAGAUAAAGGUCUGACUCCUGGUGGUAUCAAAGGUAAAGGUCUGACUCCUGGUGGUAUCAAAGGUAAAGGUCUGACUCCUGGUGGUAUCAAAGGUAAAGGUCUGACUCCUGCUGGUAUCAAAGGUAAAGGUCUGACUCCUGGUGGUAUCAAAGGUAAAGGUCUGACUCCUGCUGUUAUCAAAGGUAAAGGUCUGACUCCUGCUGUUAUCAAAGGUAAAGGUCUGACUCCUGCUGUUAUCAAAGGUAACGGUCUGACUCCUGCUGUUAUCAAAGGUAACGGUCUGACUCCUGCUGUUAUCAAAGGUAACGGUCUGACUCCUGCUGUUAUCAAAGGUAAAGGUCUGACUCCUGCUGUUAUCAAAGGUAAAGGUCUGACUCCUGCUGUUAUCAAAGGUAAAGGUCUGACUCCUGCUGUUAUCAAAGGUAACGGUCUGACUCCUGCUGUUAUCAAAGGUAAAGGUCUGACUCCUGCUGUUAUCAAAGGUAAAGGUCUGACUCCUGCUGGUAUCAAAGGUAAAGGUCUGACUCCUGGUGGUAUCAAAGGUAAAGGUCUGACUCCUGCUGUUAUCAAAGGUAAAGGUCUGACUCCUGCUGUUAUCAAAGGUAAAGGUCUGACUCCUGCUGUUAUCAAAGGUAACGGUCUGACUCCUGCUGUUAUCAAAGGUAACGGUCUGACUCCUGCUGUUAUCAAAGGUAAAGGUCUGACUCCUGCUGUUAUCAAAGGUAAAGGUCUGACUCCUGCUGUUAUCAAAGGUAACGGUCUGACUCCUGCUGUUAUCAAAGGUAAAGGUCUGACUCCUGCUGUUAUCAAAGGUAAAGGUCUGACUCCUGCUGUUAUCAAAGGUAACGGUCUGACUCCUGCUGUUAUCAAAGGUAAAGGUCUGACUCCUGGUGGUAUCAAAGGUAAAACUUUCUAA